AUGGUACCGGGAAGUGCCUGUGGGGCAUUCUUUGUACGAUCGCUGUGUCUUGUUCUGUUGCGACGUAUUAUUGCGAGCAAGUGGGAUGAGCUAUGGCCAAGCUGGACAAAAGAGAAUCAACAGCAAUUCUGUGAACAAAUCCUCAAAUCGACCACCGAAGAGCAGACAGCGGUGCUGCGAAAACGUUUGACCGAUGUGAUUGCCGAAGUAGCACGCUGCACACUCGAUAGCGAGACGGGACGCCAAAACUGGCCAGGAGUGAUCCAGUUCCUGGUACUGUGCACCUCCUCGGAAUCUGCCGUAUUGCGUGAGACGGGCAUGAUUUUGCUAGAGAACGUUCCAUCAAUCUUUGGAAGUGAUCAGGACCAAUAUCUUGCUGGAAUCAAAGAAAUGUUCCAUUCAUCGCUACUCUUUGCUAGCGAAGGAUCCGUCCGAACAGCAGCCGUUCGCGCUUAUGUUGCAUUUAUGUGCGAUAACGAAGAGGACACCCAUGUGAUUAGGUCCCUUUCCGACCAAAUCCCUGCUGUCAUCCAGGUAUUUUUUGCUCCUCUUCGGCCACCCAACGAAUUUUACCGCACCGGUGGUCAGCUUUGUUCAUGCUAUUCCCCCCUUUUUAUUUCAGGUUUGUCAACAUGUGGUAGCUACGGAAGACGACGACGAUGUUCCUCUGCAAUGCCUGAGCGACCUUGCAACCAGCAUCCCAAAAACACUACAGCCAUACUUGAGUGA